AGCAUUGUCUUUGUUGGGGAGAGAGAAAAAGUAUAUAACGAAGCGGUUUUCAUGUAAGUUAGUAAGUUAACUAAUCCAUUGGUAUUAAUUAUUAAUAGUUACUCUUAAUUGUAACAAUUGAAUAAAUCAUCUUUGAUACCCGCUCAAAUACCAAUCAAUCCGACUCAAUUCCCAUACUAAAGACACAAUGGCUGCUGCAUCAUCUUCUGCGGACGUAUUUGCAUACAUUGUUGCAAUCUUCAUUCCUCCUCUGGCUGUCUUCUUGAAGACUGCAUGUGGAGUUGACUUUCUUAUCAAUAUUUGCUUGACCAUCCUUGGUUGGAUUCCAGGCGUGAUCCAUGCCUGGUAUGUCAUCUCAAAGCAUGACCCAGCUAAAUAUGCUCCAUGAGGAGGGCAUUAUAGGGGCAUUAUAGGGGCAUCAUAGUGGGAAUGUUGGUGAUGAUUGGUGAUUCAUGGUAAUGAUAGCUGGGGAGUGGGCGUGUCAGGAGGGAUUGGCGUUCGAGGUUGGAGGGAAUCUCAUCGACGGUUCAUUCUGAGAUGAGGAUAUCCCAGGAGUAAUUGUUUUAAUAUAUAUACCUUUCAAGAGUUAUUCGAAUUGGUCAAUCAUGCCACAAUAAUAAGCAUACACUCUAUUGAUUUAUA